AUGUCCCUCAGCCUUCUUUUCAUUGAUUUCACCAUCCCCGGCCAAUCUCUUGUCUUUGAUUUUCCUGAGUUCGGAAGUAUGGUAGCAGAGCUUCACCCCGUUCUGGGGUUUCCAGUGUCCACGCAAACUGUCUCAGUUUCCUUGAUUGAUUGCGGUGCUCGUCUAGAUCUUCUGGCAGGACAUUUCUUAUUACCGAAUAUAGAAGGCCACGAGCGCCUUCGAACCCCUUCUUAUUCAUUUCUAAUAACCCACCCAUCGAAAGGUCGGGUCCUAUUUGAUCUGUCUCUUCGAAAGGACAUUCAAAAUCUCGCCCCAGUCAUAGCGAAUUGUAUAAAUAAUCCAAACAUGGGAUGGAAACUGUCAGUGCCCAAGGACGUGCCAGAUACACUGAUUGCGAAUGGAAUUGAACUAAACGAGAUCAAAUCCAUCUUCUGGUUUCAUCAUCACUUUGAUCAUAUUGGGGAUCCAUCCAAAUUUCCGAGCAGCACAGAAUUAGUCGUCGGGCCGGUGUUCACGGAUGCAUAUACCCCAGGGUAUCCGGAUAAUCCAAAUUCGCCAGUGAAAUCGGCUGAUUUGAAGGGGCGUCGAUUCAAAGCUUUUGAUUGGUUUGAAGAUGGAAGUUUCUAUCUACUUGAUGUUCCGGGUCAUGCGGCUGGUCACAUAGGUGGCCUUGCUCGUGUCAAACCCGAUUCCUUUAUCUUAAUGGGAGGGGUGAGCGUUGAUGAUGAUGUUUAUAUUUCUCCUAUUCCGAAAGAUCUUACUCCUUUACAUGUAGCUGUACAUUCAAAGCAGACGACCGUCGGCCCCGGCAACAUCUCCGAAAAAAUCAAUACAAAGUCCGAUAUCGAACGGUCACCAAUAUAUAAGGCUGCUGGUGUGUUCACUCACGACAUUGAGAAAUGCGAGUGGAGUGUGCAAGGUGUGCAGGAACUUGAUGCCUGUGAAAAUGUGCUUGUGAUCAUAGCUCAUGACGGCGGGAUCUUGCCUGCACUCCAAAAGGCGUCUUUCCUUUUUCCACAAGGGGAAUUGAACCAAUGGCAAGAUAAUGACCUCAAGGAGGCCGUUAAGUGGACUUUCUUGUCUGAUCUAGCAGUCCUCACGAGAUGA